AUGAGAUUCCGAAUCAUGUUUGAAUCUGCUUUCUUGAUUCUACUGUUUUUCUCAAACUCGGAUCUUGGAUUUGGAUUUGUCUCAGGCCAGUCUGAGAAAGAGCUGCUGCUCCAGUUCAGAAGCAGCCUAACAUAUGAUUCCUCAGCCUCAGCCAAGCUGGUGCACUGGAACGAAUCCGCCGACUUCUGCCGUUGGGAGGGAGUGGAAUGCGACUCCAGCAGCCGAGUUUCAGGCCUCGACCUCAGCGGAGAAUCAAUCUCCGCUGGGAUCAAUGGCAGCAGCACCUUGUUCAAGCUCUCACAUCUGCAGAGCUUGAGCUUAGCUCAAAACACCCUUGAUUCUGUCAACUUGCCCUCCGAGUUCGGACACCUCAUCGAGUUGAGGUAUCUCAACCUCAGCAGCUCCGGCUUCUCCGGGCAGAUUCCGUUGAGUCUCUCAAACUUGACGAGGUUAGUCGUUCUCGAUCUCUCCAACAAGUUUUACUCAUCGCUUACGCUUGAGAAUGAUGAUCUUGGGAGACUGGUUCGAAACCUUAAUAGCUUGAGAGAACUCUAUCUUGCUAAUGUGAAAAUCUCAGCAAAUGGGAGUGAAUGGAGCAGUGCUUUAUCAUCAUAUCUUCCAAAUUUGAGAGUUCUGAGCUUGUCUGAUGCACAUCUCACUGGCCCUCCUGAUCCCUCCUUGCUAAAACUCUCAUCCCUCUCAGUCAUACGUCUCGAUGGGAACACGUUCUCGUCUCCCUUCCCGUCGUUUUUAGCAGAUCUCCCAAAUCUGAGAGUGCUCUCUAUGAGCUCGUGUGGUUUAUUCGGUGUGGUUCCGAGAAAACUUUUCCAAAUAAAGAGCCUUCAGGAGAUCGACUUGAGCAACAAUCGGGCUCUCGAGGGCUCGUUGCCUGACUUUCCUGUGAACGGAUCUCUUGAAAACUUGGUGCUUAGUUACACAAGAUUCUCAGGAAAUGUACCAGAGUCUAUAGGCAAUCUGAGAAUGCUGUCAAAUCUUGAUGUUAGAAGUUGCAGUUUUUCUGGGCAGAUUCCUAGUACAAUCAAAAACCUUAAUCUACUUGUCUAUUUGGAUCUCUCUGUAAACCAGUUUUCUGGCUCUGUUCCCUCCUUUGCCUUCUUGAAGAAUCUUCAAGUGUUGAAUCUUUAUAGAAAUAGAUUAACUGGACAGAUUCCUGAUUCUCUAUGGAAAGGCCUUGAGAAUCUGGGAUUUCUUGAUUUGAGUGAGAAUUCAUUACAAGGUGAAAUCCCACCAUCUUUAUUUGCUCUGCCACUUCUCAAAUCACUAGGCAUGUCCAAUAACAGUUUCUCUGGUUUCAUCAAAGUCUCAACAAACACUUCAUCCUCUCCCUUAGAAGUUGUUGACCUCAGCCUCAACAGUCUAGAAGGUUCCGUACCUCGGAUCUUCUUUGAGCUCCGGAAUCUUUCCAGCCUGUCCCUUUCAUCCAACAAGUUCAGCGGCUCCCUGAAGCUCACGGAUUUCAGCAAGCUGAAAAAUCUUGUCAGUUUAGACCUCUCCUACAACAAGCUGUCUCUACGCGCUGAGGAAGAAGCUCAGCUGUCGAAGCUGUUUCCGCGGCUAGGAACUCUCAUGCUGGCAUCCUGCAAUCUGCAGAAGCUUCCUAACUUGAGAAACCAGUCAUCUCUGAUGAUGCUUGAUCUCUCACGGAAUCUUCUAGAAGGUGAGAUUCCCAACUGGCUAUGGAGAGUUGGUGACGAUGGAUUCCUCUUUAGAUUCUUGAAUCUCUCCCACAACGGAUUCAGUCACCUCCAGCAACCUUAUGCAAUGCGAGGCCUAGAUUCCCUCGACCUGCAUUCCAACAUCCUUGUCGGAGAGAUUCCAACUCCGCCGCCCUCAGCCUUCUACGUCGAUUUCUCGAGCAACAACUUUACCUCCAUCCUUCCAGAAAUCGGCAACAUCCUUAAAAGAGUCAUGACUUUCUCUGCAGCAGACAAUAGGAUCACCGGAGCCAUCCCGCCCUCGUUCAGCAACGCCACCGGGCUUCAGGCGCUGAACCUGUCACGCAACGCUCUCUCCGGCCACAUCCCAGCCACGUUGGGGAAGCUGUCGAGGCUCGGAUCGCUGGACCUCUCGUUCAAUGCUCUGGAUGGGAAGAUUCCGGUGGAGCUGGCGGGGCUCAAAUUCCUUUCAUUCUUGAAUCUUUCGUACAAUCAUCUGGUGGGCAGAAUACCGCUUCAGAAGUUUCCGGAAAGUUCUUUCAUCGGGAACGACGGGCUCUGCGGGCCGCCUCUCAACAGAACUUGCCAUGAGAGGGAGAUGGGGAAUGUGGAGAGAGAGAUAUAUGCAAGUGGAGUUUGCGACGUUCUCUCCGUUCCAAGAGGCGUAGCCUGCUCCCUUCUCGUCACAAAUAACUGGAGCUUCACCGCCGCCGCCGCCGAUGCCGCUGCCGAUGAUGAUGGAAUUGGAGAGAGAAACCCCGAUCCGGCCUCGAUCUGCAGGAUUUGCUACGACGAGACCCGCCCUGAGAAGAUGGCCUCCGCCUCCUGCGACCAUCUCUUCUGCGCAGAGUGCUGGAGAAAAUACAUCGCGACGGCGCUCAACUACGGCGCCGCCUGCCUGACGCUGCCCGAUCCCUAA